GUCGUUUCACGAAAGGUGAGAUAGAGCGAAGAGCAUUUUGAAUUGAACAUAAGCUCUACAGACAGACAUAAACCCCAAAAUCUCGUGAGUUACUGCUACUGUCGUUCUAAAAUGUUGAAGCUUUCUCGCGUGCUGCCUCUCACUUCCACUUCCAGGCAUCGGCUGUUGGAAGCGUUGUCGCCUAGGAAAGUUGAAGUUGGAGACUGUUUGCGGGAUCGGCCUGAGUUUACCUCUUCUUCAGCUGGCAUUUCUACUGCUGCAAAUAGCUAUGCUGCUAAAGGGUAUACUUCGGAUCGUGUAUUUGCUCCUUAUACUGUUUACAAGGGCAAAGCUGCGUUCUCGUUGAGUCCUUGUCUUCCAACUUUCACUAAGUUGGAGUCUGGGAGUGUUGUAGUUGAUCGACGCGGUACAAUGAUGAUGAAUUUCAUGCAUUCUAUUGGAGAGCGCAAAUAUGACUGGGAGAAGAGACAGAGAUUUGCUCUUUCGGCAACUGAAGUUGGUUCUUUGAUAACCAUGGGCCCCCAAGAUUCAUGUGAAUUCUUUCAUGACCCUUCAAUGUUAUCAAGUAAUGCGGGUCAAGUAAGGAAGAGCUUAUCAAUUAAGCCUAACAGCAAUGGCUACUUUGUGUCUUUGACUGUUGUCAACAACCUGUUAAACACCAAAGACCAGUUCAGUGUUCCUAUCACAGCUGCUGAGUUUGCUGUAAUGAAGACAGCUUGCAGUUUUGCAUUGCCACACAUUAUGGGUUGGGACCAGAUAACUAAACAGCAAUCCAGAGGCACAGCUGGCCUUCAACCGAAGAGUGGUUCUCAAGUUCUAGACUUGGAAUGGGAAAAGUGAAUUGCUGCAGAGGAAUAUGAAAUGGGUCCUUGUUUAAUUUGCUAUUCCAUUUUGUAUAUUAUCAAUAUGAAGACUAGGAUUGCCAGGGGAAGAUAAUUUGUAAAUUGCAAUCUUUAAGAAAGAUAUGAGGAUAUAUUUGAUCAGGGGUCAACGGCAUUUUGCCAUUAGUCAUUUUAUUGUGUUGUUAUAACUAGUAAAUUGCAAUCUUCUGCCUGGCUUUGAAAAUACUAUUGGCUGUCUGAACAUCAUCAGUCUGAUAUCAGUCGUUAUUUGCUGGCAAGUUUUUAACGAUUAGAUGUUGAUGAUUGUUUCCGGUCUUCUACAUCA